GCAACGAUGGUGGACGAGGUGGAAACCGACGGAGAGAAGACCUCGGAACCUCCAGGAAAAAUCAAGGAAUUACUGAAGGAGUUCCAAGACAUUCUCCUUGACGACCUCUCGGACGAGCUACCACCAUACCGAACGCACUUACAUGGGAUUGUGGAGGAAGCAUGUUCAAAGCCGACCUUCCGAGCACCAUAUCGGCUCAGCCCUACAGAGCUAGCCGACAUGAAGAAGCACAUCGAGUAUCUCCUCGCCAAAGGACUCAUCCGACCAUCCACUUCACCAUACAGUGCCCCAGUACUCUUCACACCGAAAAAGGACGGAAGCCUGCGCAUGUGCAUUAACUAUCGAGCUCUCAACAAGCAGACCAUCAAGAACAAGUACCCGAUUCCACGAAUCGAUGAUCUGCUCGACCAGCUUCGGGGAGCCACGAUAAGAAUGGCGGACGAUUCCAUUCACAAAACUGCCUUCCGAACUCGAUACGGAUCGUACGAGUAUCUGGUGAUGCCGUUCGGACUCACCAACGCACAUGCAACGUUCCAAGCAGAGAUGAAUCACAUCCUACGCCCACUCUUGGACGAAUGCGUGGUGGUGUACCUGGAUGACAUUCUCGUCUACUCGCGCGACAUGCAACAGCACGUCGAACACUUACGACGCGUCUUCGAGAUUCUUCGACGAGAACGCUUCUACGUCAAACUAUCCAAGAGCGACUUCGCCCUCGAGAAAGUCCAAUUUCUCGGACAUAUCGUAAGCGCUCAAGGAGUUCACGUCGACCCCAAGAAAAUCGAAGCCGUGCGUACAUGGAAGACACCCGAGAAUGUGAAGGAGUUACAGCAGUUCCUUGGCUUCGCUAACUACUACAACAGGUUCGUGCCACAAUACGCGAAAAUCGCCGCACCAAUCACGAAUCUGCUAAAAAAGAACACGCCCUAUAAAUGGGAGCCGAAGCACCAGGAAGCCGUGGAGCAGCUGCCUCUUCCUGUCCCAGAACAGCUGUGGCAAGUGGUCAGCCUAGACUUCAUCACUGGGCUACCAACUACCACAAGCGGUCAUGAUGCGAUCCUCGUCGUCAUUGACAAGUUCUCCAAAAUGGGACACUUCAUCCCGAUACACACGACAGCACGCACCGAGGAGAUGGCACAACUCUUUGUUCGCUACAUCAUCUCACAACAUGGCAUUCCGACCACACUCAUCUCCGACCGAGACCCAAAGUUCACCAAAAAAUUCUGGAAAGAACUGAUGUCUCUGCUCGAGACCAAACUCGCCAUAUCAUCCGCCUACCAUCCGCAGACAGAUGGACAGACCGAGCGCCUCAACCAAAUUGUGGAGCAACUCCUCCGCGCAGCCUGCAAGGACGAAAUCUCAAAAUGGGACUUGCAUCUGCUCUUCCUGGAGUUUGCCUACAAUAAUGCUACUCACGCCGCUACUGGACAGACGCCGCUACUGGAGUUUAGAGGGGGGGGGGGGGGGGGAGAGAGAGAGAGAGAGAGAGAGAGAGAGAGAGAGAGAGAGAGAGAGAGAGAGAGAGAGAGAGAGAGAGAGAGAGGGAGAGAGAGAGAGAGAGAGAGAGAGAGGGAGAGAGAGAUAGAGAGAGAUAGAGAGAGAGAGAGAGAGAGAGAGAGAGAGAGAGAGAGAGAGAGAGAGAGAGAGAGAGAGAGAGAGAGAGAGAGAGAGAGACCAUGAUUCCCUCUCUAGCUAUUUCAGCCCUCU